AUGAACAUCUCGACGUCAUCGGGGAUGUCGGCCAGUCGGCCGUUCGUCGGUCGACGCAACAAGAUGACAGCCGCCGACGUACGCCGCCACGUGAUGGCUUGUAGUCUGAUCGGGCAUCCGGCCGCGAAGGAUACGGCUGAUGGGGCGCUGCCUUCGAAUGUCCUACUCCUAGACGUCGUCGAGCCGGUCGACGUCGAAGACGCGCUCAGCCAUCGCAAAUCGAGUGCUCUCUAUGAUACGACGUCGAUGGCGAGCCCCAGAAAACUUGGCGAAUUCCCUGCAGACGAUAUCGAGGUACGGACCGUUGUCAGGGAGCAGCAGACCGUCGAAAAUCCGCUGAAUGGCGUCGACUUGAGCGGCGAAAGCGUCGAUCCACACGUCCGGGACGUCACGAGUUCCCUUGCCGACCCUUUUUCGUUGGUUCAACGCAGGUAUCAACAAUUCGGAAGCGGCGAUGCGUACGUUCGGAUGCUAAUCGAACGCCCAAUAAUUGCCCGCAACGCCCCGAUGCAGACAUUUGAGAACGAGAACCUCUCGAGCGAUCGGUUGACGAGAAGCGCGAGUCUGGUGGAGACCGAAGAGUCGAAACGAAACUCUUACGGGUCGGCGGUGUCGUCUUGCACGAUGGGUUCG